CUUAUAAGUGCAGGGCAAAGACUAAACCAAUAUUUAAUACUGGUACCUGCUGACAAGGACAGAUGGAGACAAUUUGCAACCUGACGUUUCGACAUCCUGCGUGGAAGUCGAAACGUCAGGUAACUAGUCUAUAUACAACAGUCUUCCUCAAGACUUCACGCAUCUGGGCCCGGACGAUCAUAUCACGUGACAUACAUCGCUUAGUCCUUAUACCUGGUUCAGACCAUUCACUCUCAUGCGUUCACUAGGACGACAGAGCGAACGACAGUGUAUUAUUUAUGAUUUAGCUAUGGAAAGGAAGGGAAAGAUUUAAGAAUUUAUGAAUUAGUUUGUCUUCCUGUGCUCUUCCAGUCUUGGCCACGAAACGACAUCAGUUCACUGCCGUCAAAGGUCAAAAUCGUUUUUGUCCCGAAAACAACCACUUCCUUUUUCUCGAUAAGUUGUCAUAGUGCAUUUCAAACAAUUUCGAGUAAGAGAGUUUUUAAAUAUGUCACAAGCUAAUCAUAUCAAAGCUUUGAAUGGGAAAGAAUACGAUACUUUUACAGUAAUGGACCUUAUGAUGAGCUCUGUAGACAAUCGUGAUCCACACAAACCAGAAACUCGUAGUAAUGUCAGUAAUGGCAAUGGCUACUCACCAGUGAAAGAACCGCUUUUAGAGGGACUGCCUAAGGUGAGCACCAAAACUGUACGUAUGUACGCAACCCGCAGUCUUUAGGUAAAUCUAGAUGUACAUUGCUGACCUGAAGGGUUUUCUUCAUAAUUUUAUUCUUGAUUAUCCUGGGGAGGGGGGCACUCCAUCGUACUUAGGACGGAGAGGAUUGUCGGACGUUUGAAAAAAAUAAUCAACACAAAAAGAUACCGAACGCUUACAUUUUAAUCCCGAUCAGAUGCCAGGUAGAAAAAAAAACACUAUUAAACACCUUCUGCUUGAAAGGUUCAUCAAAAAUAUUUCAUGUCUCUCUAAACACAAAACCGACAUUUUCAAUUUAAUUAUUGAAUAUUUUUAAAGCAGCCCUAUCACCGCAAAGUUCCUAAAGAAAUAAAGAAACAAAAAAAGGGAAUUAAAAACAUUUUUUUGGUGAAAUUCUAACAAAGUAAUUAAAGCUAUUGUCCUUUUAUCAAUGCUCUUGUUAUUUAGAGCCUCCCGUGUAUUGUUAUUAUGAUUACUAUGGAAAGGAGACCAGAGGAACGAUUUGAGCAUUUAUGAAUUAUUAGUUUGUCUUCCUGUUGUCUUGCAGUCUUGGCUACAAAACGACGUACAUGCCAAUAUCAGCUCAAUUCCGUCAAAGGUCAAAAUCGUUUUUGUCUUGCUACGCGUACUUCCUAGAAUUACCACAUGCUUUUUCUCGAUUUGUUGUUAUAGUGUAUUUCAAACAAUUUCGAGUAAGAGAGUUCUUAAUAAGUCACAAGCUAAUCUUAUCAAAGCUUUGAAUGGAAAAGAAUACGAUACUUUCACAGUAGUGGCAAUGAUGAGCUCAACUCGUGUAGACAAUCGUCAAGAUACACCAGAAACUCGUAGUAAUGUCAGUAAUGGCAAUGGCUACUCAAUGAAGGACAAGGCACCGCUUUUAGCGAAACUACCUCGUGUGAGCAGCAAAACUAAUAGCAAAAAGAGUUGGAUAGCAUCUACGUUUUCAAGAAGGGAGUGUAUCCGUUUCAUAGUUAACCCAAAGAAACCAGAUGGCCCAGAUCCCGAUUGCCAGUGCGGUCGUGCAAAAUCGAAGCAUACUAGCAAAGCCCUAGGACAUGACACAACUGCGACAGACUGGAACCCAGACCGCUUCACGAGGCAGUUGCCCACGAAUGCUUAUGGCGAGGUGGAGUUUCAGGGAACUGGUAGCCAGAAUAGAUCACCGUACGUCCGUCUAUCGCACGAUACAGAUGCGAAUAAAGUACUGGAUCUGAUGUUAAAACGAUGGAACCUAGAGGUUCCAAACUUGGUAAUAUCUGUGACGGGUGGUGCAAAAAGCUUUGUUCUGAAGCCUCGGUUAAAGGAGGUCUUUCGACGAGGUUUGGUGAAGGCUGCUAAGACAACGGGUGCUUGGAUUAUUACUGGCGGAACCAAUACUGGCGUUAUGAAGCACGUAGGGGAGGCUGUUAAAGAGCAACAGUUGAUGCUGGGGUCGGAUUCGGAAGUUCACGUCAUUGGUAUUGCAUCAUGGGGGAUUGUAGACAAACAGAAUUCUCUUAUACAAGAAAAGGGCGCCAGUGGCCGAUAUCCAGCUGUUUACAGUAUGGAGCCAACACCAGGGUUUAGUGGGGCGAUGCUGGAUUCAAAUCACUCUCAUUUCYUAUUGGUUGAUAACGGAACUAAGGGCAAAUAUGGYGUCGAGAUAAGCCUAAGGUCACGUGUCGAGGAAGGCAUUAUGGGACUGAAAACCGAUUCGCGUUCUAAAGCAGGUUCGAUUGGAGUUCCUGUGGUACUACUGGUCCUAGAGGGAGGGCCCAACACAGUCCAGACGAUGUAUGAAUUGAUUCAGAAGAAAGUCCCCGCUGUCGUUAUUGAUGGUAGUGGUCGUGCUGCCAACGUAGUCGCAUUUGCAUACAGCCAUACCGUAAAAAAGACCGUUGAUGGGCAGACGAUAUCAGUCAUCGAUCCCGCGUACGAGGAUGAAGUAAAGUCUAAAGUUAACGAGGUUUUUUCAUUUCUUGGUGAGAGCGGUGUUAAUAGUCUAUAUGAAAAGAUCAAGUGUGUACUGGAAGACGAAAAAAUGGUUUCUGUAUACCGUCUUGAAGAUGGUGCCAUAUCGCAAGAAAUCGACUUGGCUAUUUUAAAGGCAUUACUCAAAGCAAAUCGUUCAAGUCCUUUGGCGCAGUUAAACCUUGCUCUAGCAUGGAAUCGAAUCGACUUGGCGAAAAGUGAUAUUUUUACUGAAGAUAGACUUUGGACGACGGAACAAUUAUCAGGACCAAUGAUAACAGCAUUACUCGACGACAAGGCUGAUUUUGCGGAACUCUUUUUACACAGUGGUUUGAGUAUGAGUGAGUUUCUUACCACAGAGAUUCUGUGUCAACUGUAUGCCGGGGUUCCAACAAAUAGCACAAUAAAACCGCUGCUCCAGAAGGAAAUGAACAAAGUACAGUUACAGAAUAUCAGUAUGCAGAUUGUCGGGGAGGUAGUGGAGCAGUUGAUGGGCGAUAUGUAUGUCAGUCAGUACUUAAGAAAUGGACAGUACUUUGAGGAUGUCACGGAAAAUAAUGCAAAGUUCGGUUCCAUGUCUCURAAGAGGAUGCUAAGYAGAUCGUCWAUGCAGCCGGCUUCUACUCAUAAUAUUAAUCUAAUCGAUCCAAUACCAACGCCUUAUCGAGAUGUCUUUUUAUGGGCUGUGCUGUGCAAUCGAAGGGAACUAGCCAGGGUUUUGUGGGAAGCUGGUCGACAGCCCGUUGCUGCUGCAUUAAUGGCAUGUAAAUUACUUCGCUCGUUGGCUAAUAAAGCGCACAGUGAUGACACUAUUACCGAUGUCAGUCAAGAUCUUAACGAACAUGCCAAGAUGUUUGAAGAACGAGCCAUAGGUGUUYUGGACGAGUGUUUUGGCGAAAAUGAAACUUUAUCCCAGACUCUGCUGGUCAGAGAGCUGGAACAUUUUGGACAUCUUACAUGUCUUGAUCUGGCAGUAUCUGGCGACAGUCAAAACUUCAUUUCUCAUACAGCUUGCCAAGUGCUGUUGACUCGUCUGUGGAUGGGUGCAAUGGCAAUGAACACUACGUCUUUUAAGGUGAUGUUAUGUAUGUUCGUCCCAUUUCUUAUAUUYCCAAUCAUCUAUUUCGUUCCCGACGAGCACCACGAGCGUCAAGAAGCUGAAAGAAGACAUAAGCAGUCUUURGAAGCAUCUCGUCAUGAUAACGGAGCWGUAGUGCCCACUUAUCGCUCAAAGACYGAUAMUCGAMCCUCCAUUGAUGAGGAAGCCAAAGUAGGAUUAGAYGAGGAAGAAGACGAGGCAGACCACGGUCACUUUGCUAUAGAGGAAUAUAUCCCAGAGAUUCGUCCAGACGAUUCCAUGGAAGUCAUGUUACGAUCAAAAAACCUCAGCGUUUGUCAGCGAAUUUAUGCUUUUUACUCUGCGCCGUUUACUAAAUUUGCUGGCAAUGUGGUUUCGUACCUGGCUUUCAUCCUUCUGUACGCUUACGUGAUAAUGAUGAAUUUUCCAAAAUUUGACGAAAACAAGACGGUGGGAGGAAUUUCUGCUGUCGAGAUAUUGCUGUACUUUUGGGUGUUCUCGAUUUUCAUCGAAGAAUGUCGACAGCUGGCUUCCAAGGCUCCCAAGUCAAUAUGGGAUAAAAUCAGUAUAUACUUMAGUGAUCCAUGGAACUUUGUUGAUAUUCUAUCGAUUGUGGCAUUCUUCACUGCGGUUGCUCUUCGUUUCUUUGAAGACACUUUCACUGCUGCACACAUUGUUUUAUCUUUGGAUAUCAUCAUCUUYAUUGCGCGAUCCUUGCAAAUUUUUUCUGUCAAUCGUCAYCUUGGUCCCAGACUUGUCAUGAUCAGAAAAAUGAUGGAUGAUUUGAAGCAGUUUGUCAUAAUUCUGCUCGUGUUCUUAAUUGCAUACGGGAUAUCCUUAGAGGCAAUUAUGUUUCCUGGGCCAGGUGAAUUUGCACGUAAUGACACCUGGAAAUCCAUCCAAGGAGUGUUGGAAUUACCCUACUGGCAGAUGUAUGGUGAACUCUUCCUGGACGAAAUUAAAGGUGAAAAGCCCGGUGAUUUUGGUGCAGUGUCACCGACUGGCAAGCAAAUUUCUCCUUUGCUGUUGGCUUUGUUCAUGUUAUUGGCAAACGUCUUGCUUUUGAAUCUCCUCAUUGCCAUAUUUAGCUACACAUUUGAACUCAUUCAAGAAGACUCGGAUAAAGUAUGGAAAUUCCAGCGAUAUGAUCUGGUCCAGGAAUACCAUAGCAGACCAAUAUUCUCACCGCCGUUGAUUCUGAUUGGUCAUUUAUUUGUCUUUAUUCGCUGGAUUUGGCAGCUCUGUCGAUGUGGAAAUCCACCUAAAGGAAGCUCUAUGAAAUUAACUCUUACUGGCAUGGAAAUGGAGCAAAUUGACAACUGGGAAUUUCAAGCUGCCGAAACGUUUUCAUAUCAGACACAGGCAGAUACCAGUGAUAAGCUGGAAGAACGCGUCAAAGCACUCGGAGAGAGGGUAAACAACAUGGCCAACAAGCUUGAUCGGCUGAUGGAUAACGUGCUGGACCCGCAGAAGAAGAUAGCACCGUCAGUCGAAGAAAGUGUCCAGUCAGGUGAUCCAUCAACGGACGGGAGACUGGGUCGACUAGAAGUAAACUUGACAAGCAACAACGAGAUGCUGUCAAAAAUAUUAAAGCUACUUGAAGCCGGUAAUAGUGUUCCACGUCCACCAGCCUCAGCUACAACCAUUGAAUUUAUUCACCACAAGGCACGCUCUUCGCCUUACCCUGGUUCGACUAUCAAGAGAGAAGAUGUCCCUGACAAUAAAGUCGAUUGGGAGGUGAAUUUUCCAGGCUACAAACCCGUGGAAUACACAGCACCCGUCGUUCUCAGCAAACCACCGUGGGCUGAUCCUGAUCUGAUGAGCAUGGCUGUUAAAGAUCGUCCUAAACUAAAAUAUAAUCAGCUUGAUACAGACUACAAUGUGGACAGAACAAGUUACAAUGGAAAAUACAAAGKUUUAGAUGGACUCCCUCAGAAUCCAAUGGGAAGGACUGGUAUGGCAGGACGUGGCUUGCUGGGGCGGUUUGGUCCUAAUCAUGCCGCUGACCCCAUUGUUACGCGCUGGAAGCGUACAAGUGCUGGUGUUAUGGUGGAAGGUGGAAAAAAGGUCUURGAGUUUGUGGCUAUUUUGCGUAAAGACAAUAAUCAGUGGGCUAUUCCAGGGGGUAUGGUUGAGCCCGGUCAAGCUGUUACCCAGACYCUCAAAGCCGAAUUUGGCGAGGAGGCCUUGGCUAAGAUCAACGUAAGUCCUGAAGAAAGAGAAAGGAUUGGAAAACAGAUAGAACGUCUCUUCCAAAAAGGCGAUGAGAUUUAUAAGGGUUACGUGGAUGACCCACGAAAUACAGAUAACUCGUGGAUGGAAACACUGGCUGUUAAUUUCCACGAUGAAAAAGGAGAAAUGUUCAACGAUUUCAAACUCCAGGCUGGAGAUGAUGCGGCUGCAGUACGAUGGCAGCGAGUCAGCGGUAACAUUCCUCUUUAUGCCAGUCAUAUAUCAAUCCUUGAAAAAGUCGCCAAAUUAAGAGAUGCAGCGUUCUAAGUUUUCUAAUCAUCGUAAUUAGUAUAUCAACGGGGAGAAUGUCAAAAGUCCUUCGCCAAAGUGCGAAAACAACUGAUGCACAGACUUUCUUCAAAGUGCUCUACUAUUUUGAAGCAUGCAUUGGAGCAUAUUUAUAUCACACGAUCAAUAUCAUUAAUGUAGUAUUUAAUGGGAUAAAUAAUGUAAUUAAGAUGAACACAAUUCAUAAAAUAACCCAUAGACACUUUGUUUGAAYAGAGAUGUCAGUUCAGUAUAAAAAAGUAGAAUAACAUAAGGGUAUCGGGUAUUUAUAGUUUGUAGAGACGCGUUAUUUUUGUAUCAAAAGUUGUAUGUCAUAUUUAAACAGAGGGUGAAUAGUUUUGAGACUAUAUGUAGUUUAACGUAUGUUAAAAGUAUAUCGGUGAGUUAACUUGCAUUUUUACUACGACCUCUAAUGAAAAAUAACCGAAAGAUUUAUAGAGCACAUUAUUUUUGUGGGGUCUUUUAAUUAUCAGUUCUACAUGCUCCUUUACUUAGGUAUUUUUUUCACUGGUGUUAACAGAAAUGUUAAAGUUAAAUAUUAGAGUUAAGAAUACCAAAUAUAAAUAGAUGGUAUACCGAACUUUAGUUAGUAUUUUCUGUCAUUUGGUCAACUACAAUGAUACUGAAAACAUAUUUUUGUAAUAAUAGUUGUUCGCCGCCAAGAUGUUUAGGUUUUUUUACUGUCUUUUCUUUAUAAUAAAACGACUCAAUAAAAAGUUCAAUGCA